CUUUUCGCAAUAACCCACGUGACUACACCUAUCCUCUUCCGUCGAGUCGUUCUAAGAGGACAGCUGCUUAUUUGCUAGAUUGUCCAAGCAAGACUCGAUCAAAAUGGUGAAUUUUACAGUAGACCAGAUCCGUGCGAUCAUGGACAACAAAUUAAACAUCCGUAACAUGUCCGUGAUAGCUCACGUUGACCAUGGCAAGUCUACCCUGACGGACUCCCUGGUUAGCAAGGCUGGCAUCAUUGCUGGUUCAAAGGCAGGAGAAGCACGAUUCACAGACACGAGAAAGGAUGAACAAGAACGUUGUAUCACCAUCAAGUCCACUGCCAUCUCAUUGUACUACGAGUUGGCCAUGGAGGAUAUGAAGUAUAUCAAACAGAAAACAUAUGGCGAAAAUGAAGAAAAAAGAAAUUGCUUCCUGAUCAACUUAAUUGAUUCACCAGGCCACGUUGACUUCUCAUCUGAAGUGACUGCAGCUCUGCGUGUAACUGACGGUGCACUUGUUGUAGUGGACUGUGUUUCCGGAGUGUGUGUACAGACAGAGACUGUACUGAGACAAGCCAUUGCUGAAAGGAUUCGUCCAAUUCUGUUCAUGAACAAGAUGGACCUUGCUCUUCUUACCCUGCAGGUUGACCAGGAAUCGCUCUACCAGAACUUUCAAAGAAUCAUCGAGAAUGUCAAUGUUAUCGUCAACAUGGUCUCUUCGGAGGAUAGUCCCCUUGGUGUUAUUGAUGUUGAUCCCCAACAAGGAACUGUUGGAUUUGGUUCUGGUCUUCAUGGAUGGGCCUUUACUCUGAAGGAUUUUGCUGUUCGGUAUGAAACCAAGUUUAAGAUGAACCAGGAAAAGCUGAUGAAAAAGCUGUGGGGCAACAAUUUCUUUGAUGAAGGUGCCAAGAAAUGGAUCAAAGAAUCUGAUGGAAAAGCUGUCCGAGGUUUCGUCAAAUACAUCUUGGACCCAAUUUACUUGGUGUUUAAUACCUGUAUGAAAGGUGAACACAGCAAAGCCCUGACACUUGUUGAAAAAAUGGGAGUUAAACUUACGUCUGAUGAGAAGGACCUACGUGAGAAAAACCUGCUCAAGGUUGUCAUGAGAAAGUGGAUGCCUGCUGGAGAUGCCCUUCUCCAGAUGAUUGUCAUUCAUCUGCCGUCCCCAGUAACAGCUCAGUACUACAGGACUGAUACUCUGUAUGAAGGACCAACUGAUGAUGAAGUUGCUAUCGCAAUGAAAAACUGUGACCCCAAGGGCCCCCUCAUGAUGUACGUCUCCAAGAUGGUACCUACAACAGACAAGGGGCGUUUCUACGCUUUUGGACGUGUUUUUUCUGGAUGCAUUGCCACUGGACAAAAGGCAAGAAUCAUGGGCCCCAAUUAUAUACAAGGAAAGAAGGAUGACCUGAAUAUCAAGACCGUCCAGAGGACCAUCUUGAUGAUGGGUCGUUACAUUGAGCCCAUUGAGGAUGUGCCUUGUGGAAACAUCUGUGGUCUCGUUGGGGUUGACCAGUUCUUGGUGAAAACCGGAACACUCACCACCUUCGAGGGAGCUCACAACUUGAAACAGAUGAAAUUCAGUGUCAGUCCUGUUGUCCGAGUUGCUGUCGAGUGUACAAAUCCUUCAGAAUUGCCAAAACUAGUAGAAGGGCUGAAACGUCUCGCAAAAUCUGAUCCUAUGGUACAGUGUACAACAGAGGAGUCUGGAGAACACAUCAUCGCCGGAGCUGGUGAGCUCCAUCUUGAGAUCUGCUUGAAGGAUCUUGAAGAAGACCAUGCUGGUAUUUCCAUCAAAAAGAGUGACCCUGUUGUAUCAUACAGAGAGACUGUUGGCGAGAUUUCUUCACAUGUGUGUCUUUCCAAGUCGCCCAACAAACACAACAGACUGUACAUGAAAGCCCAGCCUCUUUCAUCCGAUUGUGCUGUAGACAUUGAUGAUGGAAAGAUCGCACCAAGACAAGACUUCAAGGAAAGAGGAAAGUAUUUAACUGAGACACACAACUUUGACCCCACUGAGGCUCGAAAAAUCUGGAGCUUUGGACCUGAAGGCACUGGCCCAAAUCUGUGUGUAGAUGUGACAAAGGGAGUGCAGUACCUUGCUGAAAUCAAGGACAGUGUUGUUGUUGGCUUCCAAUGGGCAACCAAAGAGGGUGUGCUGUGUGAAGAAAAUGUUCGUGGUGUGCGAUUUGAUAUUCAUGAUGUAACUCUCCACGCUGAUGCCAUCCACCGUGGUGGUGGCCAAAUCAUAGGAACAGCCAGGCGUGUCAUGUAUGCCAGUGCUUUAACAGCUACUCCAAACAUUAUGGAACCCAUCUACCUUGUAGAAAUUGAGGUACCAGAAAAUGCUAUUGGUGGUGUAUUUUCUACAUUGAAUAAGAGGCGUGGAGAGAUACUUCAACAAUCGCCUGCACAACCAGGACGUCCAACAUGUACCAUCAAGGCUUACUUGCCGGUAAAUGAAUCAUUUGGAUUCACAGCACACUUGCGUUCAAAUACAGGAGGACAGGCUUUCCCGCAGUGCGUGUUCGAUCAUUGGAAAAUUAUGACGGGAGAUGUACAUGACCCCAACUCCAAUUCAGGCAAAAUUGUUGUAGCAACAAGGAAACGCAAGGGGCUUACUGAGGGUAUUCCAGGGUUGGACAAAUUCCUCGACAAAUUGUAAACGAACACUUCAAUGUUGGACUUAAAUAGUGCUUAAACGUGCAACAGUUUACCUUUGGUUUACAUGUUGUCUUUCAACUUGACCCUUUCUCAGAUUAAGUUGUGCUAAAAGAAGAAAGCUGUAAUGAUUUUGUUCAUACUUCUAGAUGUCCAAAAACACCAAAAGCAAGGGGAAGUAAGUAAUCCCAAUAAAUUGGACUUGCACUGCUCAGUAUUUUGGUUAAUUUAUUAUUGCAAUUUAUCAAAGACAAGUGUAUUGAAAUUAUAAACCAUUUUUGACACUGCUCCUACUUACAACUCUUGUUGAGUUGCCCAAAUAAAUCAAUGUGGAGAAUUA